CCCUCCUCUCCAGAGUCCUGAGACACAACAGCAGAGAGAGUCCGACCUGCUACAGCACAGCCAGGAGGGUAGAUCAGACCCCCAAUCUCAAGACUCAACAAAGCUGUUAGCGUGUAACGCAACAAGAUGACAAAUCUUUUAGCUUUACUUGUUGCAACACAGGUUUUGACUCUAGCCCGAUCCCAGGUGUGCCCUCGGAGAUGUCAGUGUCCUACAGAGAUCCCCGCUUGCCUUCCCGGGGUGCCCCUGGUCCUGGACGACUGCGCCUGCUGCCUGUUGUGUGCAGGUCAAAAAGGUCAAGUCUGCUCUGAGCUGAACCCAUGUGACACCCGUAAAGGGCUGCUGUGUAAUUACUCUGUCAACAUCCACAGGAGGACUGGUGUCUGUGUCGUCGGCGCAGGAAAUGUGUGUGUUUUGGAUGGAUCUGUGUAUCAGAAUGGGCAGAUCUUCUUCCCCAGCUGUAAGUACCAGUGCAUCUGCAGAGAUGGUCAGAUCGGCUGUGUGCCUCGCUGCAACUUGGAUGUCAUGCUGCCGGGUCCCGACUGUCCAGUGCCGCGUAAGAUCCAGGUGCCUGGAGAGUGCUGUGAGAAGUGGGUGUGUGAGCCCCAGACGGAGUCCAGUGCCCUGGGGGGAUUUGCAUUGGCAGCCUUUCGUCAGGAAGAAACCGUCAGCUUUAACGGGUGGGACCCCAGCCUGAACUGCAUCGAGCAGACCACAGAGUGGGGGGCAUGCUCUCAAACCUGCGGCAUGGGGGUGUCCACCAGGGUCACAAACAAGAACGAUCGGUGUGAGAUGGUGAAGCAGAGUCGUCUUUGUGUUAUAAGGCCCUGUGAUGAGCAGCAGGACCAGCUCACACAGCUUGCACCAAGGCUGAGAGGCAGUAGGUGCCAGAAGGUGGAAAGAAGCAACAACGCAGUUCACUUUUCCUACAAGAAUUGCACCAGCGUUCAGGCAUACAAGCCUCGCUACUGUGGCUCCUGCACAGACGGCCGCUGCUGCACCCCCCACAGAACCAAAACCAGCCUGGUGGAGUUCCUGUGCCCCAACGGUAAAAGCACCCGGAGGCCUGUCAUGGCCAUUUUGACCUGUGCCUGCCACAGCCACUGCCCCCGAGACGACGGCGUGUGGGAGCCAUCGGAGCUCACAUAUAGUGGCAUGAGAAUAUAGGAGGUUGUGAGUCGGGUGUAAACGGCUAUAAGCUGGCUAAGAAAACAACAAAACAGUCCACAUUAUACAAAAUAGUCAUUAAAGUGGUGGUGUGUAUUUUCCUGGUGCUAGGGGGAAGUACAUACAUUUCAGGGUAGUUUUACACCGUCUCAACGUGACUGUCGCUAGUUUAAAAAAAACAUCAUGGAAAGUGUUGUUGCCUGAGGAGCAGAAAGCAUGUGACCUCGGCGUGACUCCUCAGACUUUGAUGGACUUUCCUUUAAUCCCAUCGAGAGAAUGCAAUGCCGAUUGUAUUUUUCUGGCGUUGCGGUUUCUAGAUCUGCUCGGGGUCCUGAGCCUGCCGAUGACGUCAUCGGCCUAAAUAUAUUGCAUCUCGUUUUCAAUCUUGUUCUUGCACAUCCGUUUUGGAAAGAGUUUAGCAGUCUUGUUGUUAAUUUUAUGUUUCUUACUACCCAAAUGUUUCUGAACGUGGUAACGUCAUAAAGUCGUGCACCCGGCCAAUCACACAGUGUGACGUCAUAAAGAGGCACAGGAUCCCGAACCGGCCAGAAGGAAACGUGGCGUCUAAUAUUGCAUCCCACAAAGACACUAGACCCUAUGUACUUUUUUAUGGUUAUAUAUUACAAAGCCGCCAAACUUUUUCAAGGCAUGGACAUCAUUUUAUUCAUUUUCAACAACAUUUUGGUCAAUUUUUCCAGAGAUUAAAGGUAAAAUGUACACAUUGACACUUUAAUGUACAAGAGGCCUGUAAUUUUUAUUUUAGACAAUAACUUAAAAUUUCUGAAGGUUUUCAUAUUGUUUGUCUCUCCUGGAGAGGGAUUCAACUGUGUCAAAUCCUGUGGACAAGUUAGGUUUUUAAGAUUUUACUGAGAGCCAGAGAAGUACUUAAACCUUGUGACCUUCCAUUUCGUUAAACAACAUCAGCUCAGGAAGCAGUCUGAAAUUGAUUAGAGAGGAAUUAAUUAUAACUUUCACUCAAAAACACUCUUCAAAGUGGCCAUAAUGUCUCUUGAGAGACAACGUAUAAAGACAGAGAGCCUAAAAGCAGAGCUUGAGUUGUGAGAAUGUGAGUUUCUGCAGUUUAACUGGUAAAUACUAAAUUCACUAAAGUCAUUUUGAUCAACUUGGCCCUUCCUCCAUGCUGUUUAUUACAUAGAGAACAUUUUAUUUUAUGGUGUUUUAUGACUCAGGAGUUAUAUUUUUGCCCCAAACCCUCUAAUAUCAGAUGACACGUUUUCUGAUAUAACUGAAGCGUAUACAUGUGUACGUCCAUCCUUUCAAAGAGAAGAGUCUAACUGACAAUCAUUGGUCUAAAUUAUUACACUUCUUUAUACGUGCAUAAUCCUUGGAAAGUUGAGAAUGACAUCCGUUUGUGUAUGUUUUUGCAGAAUUUUUUGUACAUAAGUGUUGUCAUUAUAAUUGUUAGUUUGUUACAGUGCGUGUGUAUCAAAUACACAAUGUUAAUAAUGUAUAAAGAUGUCUGGUGUUUUUUCUGCUUUUAUUACGCUUCACUUUGCUUUUCGAAGCUUGAAGACAAAACGUGAUUUUUGUGAGGUGGCCUACAGGAUUUUAAUGUUUUGUGAGUGAAACACAAGAAGACAAGAUGAAAAAAGUAGAAGCAUAUUUCAUGAUUAAAGAUGACCUACAGUAAGUAAA